AUGACCCAUUUUGUACACAAUCGAAUGUGUUAUGAUUUUGGAAUUCCAAAGCAGGAAUUCAACAAUGAUACAUUUAUUGAAGAAUACAUUAACGAUCUCAGCCAAGAUUAUUCUGUUAUGUUGGUUCUCGAGUAUUUACCGGAGUCAUUAGUUCUUAUGAAGCGGAAAUUGUGCUGGAGUACAAAAGAUAUUUUAUAUGUUCCUUUGAAUGCUCUGAAGAAACAAUUGAACUUUGAGUUGAACAAUGAUGACAUUGAGCGCCUUAAACAAUGGAACAGCGCUGAUUUUAAGUUGUAUGAACACUUUGUGUGUCAAUUAAAGGACAGAAUCGGCUCCAUUGGUGAUGAUUUUGACCAGGAAGUUGAAUACUUUAAGUCAGUACAAAAACAAGUGCAAACGUUUUGCAAGGACACUAUAUCCAAUAAAAGGAAUACGUCCGUAAUUUUCAUACCAAAAUCUAAUUGGGAGGACAAAUUUAUGGUUACAAACACAGAUUGUGCUUUGAUGAUGGAACUUGAAAAACCAAUGAUGAAAAGAUUAAUAGAAAAUGCAUGGUCAAGAUAUAAUGCGUCACUAACACAUGAAAGAUAAUUUAAGAAUAUCGGAAUGUUCAUCAAAACUUUGUGUUUUUUGUCCCUUUAUUGUUGAUAAAAUCAUAAAUGUUUCUUUCGUUAAGCAUGCAUUGUUACAGGUCGAGGAUUCGAAUCCCGUCUGGGUCAUACUAAAACUCCUAGCCGCUGCCCAUCGUGUUCGUUACUCCUUUUAGAGGUGAUAUUUUUAAAAUAUCAAAGAACAACAAGGGCGAUUGACGUUUACGGAACGCAGCUUUCCGACAAUAUCCUGAUGUACACAGGUACCCUGUGAGACACCAUAAAGAAAGUAAGACAGCAAAGUAGAAAGGGCAUAAUAAGCGGGCGGUAGAAGCCAAAUUCUAUACUUGUCAGUUCCAGAAUGGUGAACCACAUCGAUCUAUCAAUGGCGUAGCAGCGCUGAAGUAUCUGUCUUUCACUGUCAUUGAUUUUAUGUGUUUUCUUUAUAUCAUGCACCACCCCUGGCCUCCAUUUUUAGGCUCAUUCCCCAAA